AACAACAAAAGCAUAAUCAAUAAACACAGAUCGUGGAAUUGUCUGAAUUAUGGGCACAUACUGGACGAAUUGUGGCAGGAAAAUAAACGCAAGAAUCGUACAGAAAUCGCCCAAUGUGCUUAAUUUACUGAUUGAGAAUACCGAGCUCAAUCAGGAGCGGCUCCUGCGGUUAAAGAUAGCCGCGGCGAUACUUUUCAUGUAUGCUUUCUUUAUUCUAGCCAGCAGAGGUUCUUUAUGGAUUCAUGGAGGAUUCCUAGCGAUAUUAGCAUUAGUUACCUACAGCUAUACUAAAAUAGUUAAAACCGAAAAUUUGGUUCUUGUGAAAGAUUUUGCAUUGCAAUAUUCAACCAAUUUCAUCGGAGGUGGAACUAAAAAUGUGUUAAUACCAAUAAAACACAUUCAGGAUAUUGUUAUCAAUGAAGUGUUCCACAAUUUGAAGGUUGUUUUUAUGCUCUCAGUUCUAACCAGAGGGAAUCUAUUUAAAGCUAAGCCAGUAGUGACGCUCCUCAAUCAUCUAAACCCCAUAGUGGAUUGUUUGGAGAUGAUUUAUAACGAACUUUAUUCGAUUUUAGACUUGGAAAAUGAUUGAAUAAAAUAUAUUGAAAACAGAAAAUACAUUGGAAUCGCUGUUGUCGAUUAAAAGUGGC